AUGGACCAACAAGAAGUUUCAGGCCCAACCAAUGUGCAAGGUACCGAGGAAGAGACAGACGUCGAUGAACACCAUAAUCAGAAUCAAGACCAACCCACCAUGGCUUCCCAGUACAUUGCGCUUCGCCAUGAAUUGCGAGAAAGUCUUGCCAAGCAGGAAAUACUCACAAGAAACAUUGUCGCUCAUAACCAAGAGAUCAACAGGAUUGUCGCAGAGCACGAAGCGACUGCCAUGAAGCUCAUUGCUCAAAACUUGUUGAAAAGGUUGACCAGCCAUGCCGCUGCGUGGUGCUUCAAAGUGCCCGUGGACACCACACAAUUACCAGAAUAUCGAGACAAAAUCAAAAACCCCAUGGACCUUGGCACUAUGAAGAAGAAACUGCAGGAAGGAGCUUACAAGCAACCAGAGGACUUCCUUAGUGAUGCGAAGUUGAUCUUCGACAACUGCAGAACCUUCAAUCCUGCAGGUAACCAAUGGUACAAUGCCGCCAACGCACUCGAACAAUUCACGUGGGAGGAAGUUAGGCGUGUUCCAGAAUGGUCGCACCUCUUUGUAUCCGAACAUGAAGCCGAGCUGACUAGCGCAAAGAGGCGAAGUACUGGACCGAGUGCACUGGCUGCCAGGAUUGAAGUGAAUAGAAGAAAUCAGAGAGACGCAAACUGGUGGUUUUCCAAUCCCGAUCGUGGCUCACAUUUAUUGGGCAUGAUUGGUGUGCAUGCAAGCAAUUUGAUAAGAGCAGACGACGAUCAACUUCACCAGUCGCAACCACGCCGGCAGAAGCAGAAAGAGGAACAAGCCAAUGCCGUGACUGAGUCAAAAGCAGUAGGCGGAGACACUAAGGAAGAUGCUGCUAACAAGCCAAGACCCCCAUGA